AUGAUUCAACAUGUCCAGGCAUGGGUCAAUCUUGAAUCAAAAAUAAAGCAUCAUGGCCAACAAGCAAAUCCGUUUCCUGCUCUCGAGCAUAUCCGAAACAAUAUCGGAACCCUUACUGAUGAACAGCUCCAGCUUGGGUUACUGGAUGCAUUUGCUCGAGCUCGCGACGGACAUACUGCCAUGACAUUAGCUGGUCCGUAUAGUUGUUUUUUCGUUACCACGGGAAUUUCUUUUCAGUUCAUUGAUGGUCCAGGCAAUAUGAUCAAAAACCCAACAAUCGUCGUCAGUAAACCCGUCAAUAGUGAAAUAUCUGACUUACUACGUAAUACCGCCUAUAAUCGAAUCGAUGUUGGAGAUCGACUUCUUAGCAUUAACGACCUCACUUUUUACAAAUGGAAAAAAAAGCAUCAAAAUGCCAUUGGUGGAUCCACCGAGUCUCAUAGUCAGCGUUUAGCAUUAAGAUACUUGACUUCCAGACAUGCGGCUCUUACCCAACUUCCUGAUGAAGACUUUAUCAAGCUUAAAUUUAAAUCUCGUGGCGACAUCAUAUACGAAGUCAAUGUACCGUACAUGUCUGCAUAUCGACAUACCUGUUGGGAAUACUCUAGUAAACUUUACACACAGCUGACAGGUGUGAAUCUUGAUAUACAUUUACAAAAUACAGUUGCUGUAAAAGCCAAUAGUCAUGCAUUGUCAAUCAAAACAGUCGAUGAUCGUACCACAAGUUCACAAUCUACCAAACCAUUGGUCGCUGCUCGCCGUAUUCGAAAGCGGAGUCAAAACAGUAAAGAUCAAGAUACAGGACGAUUGUCAAAACGUGGUUUACAGAUUACAUUUCAUGAAACGAGUAUACUCGAACUAUCUUGGGCAAUUUGGAGACCUGACGACCAAAACAUGGGAAUAAUCAAACUGACAUCGUUCAGGUGCACAUCCCGCACAACAAACACACGAGAUGUUCUUAAAGCAAUUCGUGAAGUGGAAAGACUAUUGACCACAGUACUCAAAGACACCAAUUCUGUUUUGAUCGAUGUUCGUGAAGGUGAUGGUGGAAGUAUGCGUUUUGCAAAUGACAUUCCACAGCUAUUCAAGAGCAAGCUUGAGCCAUUUAAAGUGAAGUAUCUUAUGAGCAAGGUCACAUACAAUAUGUUUGUACAUCCACCCAUAGAUUCGAGAUCGUCUCGUAAUGCUUGGUCCAAAACACCACCCAAAAGCAAGUAUUCGGUAUUGCACGAUCUUACAGAUUUAAAGACAUCCAUCACUUACGAUCAGGUUUAUACUAAACCAAUGGGUGUAUUUACCAGUGGUGACUGCGCUUCUGCAUGUGAAAUCAUGACAGGAACUGUGCAGUCGUUUAAACUUGGAACAGUGUUUGGUGAAGAUGUCACAACAGCUGGCGCUGGUGCAGCCGUUUGGAGUUUAGAUCCAGAGCUUAUUUUUUAUGAUCCGACAGACUUUAAACCAAUGCCAUUCACACGUGAGUUGACAUCUCAUACCAAGGAUACAUUUUACAACAAAAUGACUGUAGGUCAUCGAGCACUUGUCCGUAGUGGCGAUCAUAAAGGAAAGCCGGUUGAAGAUGUUGGCAUCGCAUCUGACAUUAUAAUUCGACCAAAACUGGAAGAUAUUCUUCCUGGCGCAACGGUUAAUUCGCAGUACGAUUAUAUUGGCAACUAUUUGAUUGGAAUUGAUGAAAGACCAGCCAAAACAGUUUGCAAUCUUUGGGGAGUUCUGUAG